UGCGCUUUAAUGGUGUGGUUUUCUGCGUAGGUUUCGUUCCUGUGCGUAAAUCCCCCCCUCAGCUGGCGCCGCUGCUACUGCUGCUGGCUGUCAUCCCGUCUGACCGCCUGGAUCUUUUUUUUUUUUUUUUUGGAGAGGGAGAAGUUGGAAAAAGGAGAUGCAAGUGCGAUGAUGGCGCUGCAGCUGAAGAGCGGGGAUGCCGCGUACUAUCACAGUGCCGAAUUCUGCAGAACUUACGCCUCAGCGCCCAUCAGCUACGGGGACAGCAGCCAUUAUCUCACCCGCUUACCAGGUCCAGAGACCAUCCUGAAGCAUCCUUUGAGUCUCUUCAGUCACCCUCAGCAGCCAUUCCAUCAUGUUGAUUCACUGCACCAGCUGGGACCUCCACCAAUGGUGCCUACACAGCCUCUCUGCCCUCCACCCCUCGCCCCUGCUCAAGCUAUUGGCCCCCCUGCUAUGGUUCCCACCCAGUCUUUGGGGCCACCUCCCAUUACUGCCACACACACCUUAAGGCCUCCUCACAUUACCUCAGCACACAGGUUGGUGCCCCCUCCCAUUGCCCAAGUACAGCACCUAGGGCCUCCGCCAAUGGCACACACUUUGGGACCCCCACCUGUAGACCCUGCACAAGUAAUAGUGCCUCCAGCCAUCAACCUCACACAGCCAAUGAGGCCUCUGCCUCAAAACCCUGCUCAAGCACCGGUGCCCCCACCUGUGGUCGCACCUGGAAGUGGCCGAUUCCCUUUCCCUCCAAGUCCACUGUCUUCCCCUCCUGCUCCAGGCCCAGACCCCUCACAACUCCCCUCAAGACCCCCAGUACAUGCCGUUAUCCCGGCUCCAGUAUCUGGUUUCAUCCCUGGUCCUAUAGCAGGUCAACCAGCCCCAGUCAGCGAACAGCCUGAGCAACCCCCGGACGAAGGCUGUCUGCUCGGAAUGGAGGAACACGAGGACUCUUUGGGGCUGGAAGAACUGUGUAAACCAUUGUACUGUAAACUCUGCAACGUUACCCUCAACUCCCCUCAACAGGCACAGGCUCAUUAUCAGGGGAAGAACCACAGUAAAAAGCUGAGAAAUUUCUAUGCUGGCAGUCAACAGCCACCAGCCAUAAGGAUCACCGAGUCCCCGGAGAUGGUUGGACAGGCAGCCCUCAGUUCAGGACCCAGCAACAGCGAUACAGCCAAGCAGGCGCUGUACAAGGGGGCCACCCGAGUCAUUUUGGCCACAGAGAAUGACUACUGCAAGCUGUGUGACGCCUCCUUCAGUUCACCGGCAGUUGCACAGGCACAUUACCAGGGCAAGAACCAUGCCAAAAAGCUGCGCCUUGUCGAGGCUCAGCAAACCAAUAACAUUGAAAGCAGCACUGAAGCAGCUCCACGGAGAAACAGGAAAGACUGCAAUGAGUACAGACUGGUGAAAAACCGCCGCACGCCACAGAUACCUGCUUCAGUACCAGGGCCGUACUACAACCCCAGACCAAGGCAGCGUAUUCCCAGAGACUUGGCCAUGUGUGUGACUCCCAGCGGGCAGUUCUACUGCUCCAUGUGCAACUGUGGAGCCGAACAGGAGACAGACUUCAGACAGCAUUUGGAGAGCAAACAGCAUAAGGCCAAAGUAUCAGAGUUAAGAUACCGAAAUGAGAUGGAGAACAUGGGCUACAGCUAAGACAAAUAAGGACUAGCAGGAAACAGCUGCUGCUCUGUGCCUGACGGGCAGAUUUUGCAACGGGAUACAUGGUCUAAACUCUUAAUUCCUCGUAUCUGGCUACAUAUUGGUAUUACUGCUUCAAUAUUUCAAAACAUAAUUUGAGUUGAUUGAUUGAUUAGGUCUUAAUGUUUUGGUGCCAUUCAUCAAUGAGGACUUUCAGUCAUCCAGGUAGAAGAUACCAAGGCGUUUAAUCAAAAGCAAUUGGAUAUCUUCUUUAGUCUUCAAGAUGUUUUCAACAGUGAGGACAGAUGGUUUGACAGGGGUCUAAAAGAAACCAAGGUGUAAGCCCAAGCAAAGGAGGCAAGUGUUCCAAAGGCAUUAUGACAGGAGUGAAGCCCCUCAGAACAUCUGGAGUUUCAUUUAACCUCCUUUGGGGUAUUGUCGAUAUCUAGGACAAUCUCAACAACGGUCAUAGUAGACUGAGCCACCAUGAUCAGUCCUCUAAAGAGGGAGAUUUGUCUGGGAAUAAAACCCUGCAGCACUGGACAGAAGGCAAAAAAUGACAGGUAC